UUCCUCUCUCACACUUCCUCCAUUGAACCAACCCUUGGCUGAUCCAUGGACAAGCCACCACCCGAGAAUGCUGACCACAAUGAUGCUGAAUCUCCCAUUGCUAGUAGCUGCCGGGACCCCAAUGUUAGUGGCAGUGCUAGUAUUAGCAUGUGUAGUAGUAGCAGCAACGUUGAGACUCAGAGGAGCACUGGAUCUAUGACGGAUUGUGAAGCCAGUGAGGGAAGUUUUAGGAGCUUUAGCCCUUCCAAGCCUCACAAGGGGAACGAUAUUAGGUGGGAUGCGAUACAAUGUGUGAAGGGGAAAGAUGGGGAAUUGGGUUUGGGGCAUUUCAGGCUGUUGAAGAAGCUAGGUUUUGGGGAUAUUGGGAGUGUGUAUUUGGCUGAGCUCAGAGGGAUGGGGUGUUUGUUCGCCAUGAAGGUUAUGGAUAAGGGCAUGUUGGCUGGAAGGAAGAAAUUGGCAAGAGCUCAGACUGAGAGAGACAUUUUGAGUUUAUUGGACCAUCCUUUUCUUCCCUCCCUUUAUUCACAUUUUGAGACUGAGAAGUUCUCUUGCUUGCUCAUGGAGUUUUGCAGUGGAGGGGAUCUUCAUACCCUCCGCCAGCGGCAGCAAGGCAAGCAUUUCACAGAGCAAGCUGCCAGGUUUUACGCUUCUGAAGUGCUUCUUGCUCUGGAGUAUCUACACAUGAUGGGUGUUGUGUACAGAGACUUGAAGCCAGAAAACGUACUGGUAAGAGAAGAUGGGCAUAUCAUGCUCUCUGAUUUUGACUUGUCACUUAGAUGCUGUGUAAGUCCCACCCUUGUUCAGUCCAGUAAAGAACCAUCUUGUCAGAUAUCCUCCUACUGCAUCCAGCCAUCUUCAUGCAUCGAUCCACCCUGCAAAUUACCCGUUUGCGUUGAACCUUCAUGCCUGCAGCCAUCUUGCUUCAAGCCCCAUUUCUUCAGCUCAAAAAAGACCAAACCAAAGAGUGAAAAACACAGCUCAGCGAAUUCAGACUCACUUCCAGUACUAAUUGCUGAGCCAACUAAUGCUCGCUCUAUGUCAUUUGUCGGGACUCAUGAAUAUCUAGCUCCUGAAAUCAUAAGAGGUGAUGGUCAUGGGAGUGCAGUGGAUUGGUGGACAUUUGGUAUUUUCCUGUAUGAAUUGUUGUUUGGGAAGACCCCAUUUAAAGGCAAUGGGAAUCGAGAAACGUUGUUCAAUGUCGUGGGUCAGAGUCUAAAGUUCCCUGAGGGAUCAAGCAUCAGUUUUGCAGCGAAGGAUUUGAUAAGAGGAUUGCUUGUGAAAGACCCACAGAAGAGGCUUGGAUUCAAAAGAGGAGCCACUGAGAUCAAACAACAUCAUUUCUUUGAAGGCAUUAAUUGGGCUCUCAUUCGCAGCAUCCAUCCCCCUGAGAUCCCAAAACCACUCGAUCUUUCAUUUAUGAACCAGACAUCCAAGUCAUCUUCAGUGCCUCCUAGUGAAAAAGGUGCUGCUACAACUGAUUCAAACAGGUCCUCCUCGGGUCCAUACUUAGAUUUUGAAUUCUUUUAGUGAUAAUUUCUUUGUUAGCAGCCAAACAAUGCUUAGCUGUAAUGGCCCAUGUACAUUGUUGGCAUUCGAUUCAUUUCAUCAAUGAAAU